AUGAAGAAUACGGACGAAAGAUAUAGUAUGGCAACUUGCUGUGCUGGUGGGCAGAGCCUUCGCAGCAAAUAUGGCGAACGAGCGCCUAACAUACAGCUUUCUGAUCGACAGUGGCCAUCGAAGAAACUGACCAAGUCUCCCAUUUGGUUGUCUACAGAUCUCAGAGAUGGAAAUCAAGCGCUUCCAAACCCAAUGACAUUGCAGCAGAAAUGGCGUAUGUUCCAGCUACUUGUAUCGAUAGGAUUCACGCAAAUCGAGGUUUCCUUCCCUUGCGCAUCACAGACCGAAUUCGACUUCACUCGCCAGCUCAUAGAAACACCAGGUGCUACACCCGACGAUGUGACGCUUGAAGUCCUUUCACCCUGUAGAGAAGAUGCUAUUGCAACAUCAGUGCGAAGUCUGAAGGGCGCAAAACAAGCAAUCUUGUUCCUCUAUUUGGCCACCAGCGAUAAUUACCGAGAGACUGUGCUUCAAUUAAGCGAAGCAGAAUGGUUGGACCAAGCCAAAAGAUGCGUAGAAUAUGCCCGUUCAAUCACGAAAGAUGACCCCGAAAACUGCCGCACAAAAUGGUCUUUUGGUUUCGGCUUCGAGGAUUUUGCCAACGCCCGUCCGGAAGCAGCACUGCGGCUGGGAGAGACAAUCAAAACUGCCUGGGGGCCAUCUAAAGACAAUCCUGUGAUAUUGGGCCUCGCCACAAGUGUUGAAGCGACCACACCAAACGUAUUUGCAGAUCAAGUGGAGUACUUCUCGCGUAACAUUACUGAACGAGAGAAAGUGUGCAUUUCUAUUCAUACUCAUAAUGAUCGUGGUGGAGCCGUCGCUUCUGCAGAGUUGGCUUGUUUGGCUGGUGGCGAUCGGGUUGAAGGGUGUCUGUUUGGUAAUGGAGAGCGUGCUGGAAAUCUCGAUCUCAUCACUUGUUCUAUGAAUAUGUUCACGCAAGGCAUUGAGACCGGCCUUGAUUUUUCCGACUUACUCGAGAUCCGUCGGGUCUAUGAGGAAGUCACAAAUCUUCCUGUUCACCCACGCCAGCCGUACUCUGGCGACUUUUACUUCCGAGCUUUUGCUGGCGCUCAUCAAGACGCGAUUCGAAAAGGGCUAGCAAAACGUGGUCGCUUAGCCGCGAUGCCAUCCGGCCUAACCCAGAUGUCCAAAGGCAUGAUCAUUAACGGGACGUCAAAUGAGAAAAUACCUAGUAGUACUUGGCGUGUACCUUACCUACCUCUUGAUCCGGCAGACCUGGGAUUUUCUUUUGACUCUGUCAUUGGGGUGAACAGCCAAAGUGGUAAAGGCGGGAUAGCUUGGUUAAUCCAGCAAGGCUUAGGUUUCAACAUCCCCAACGAAUUAGCUGCUCAUUACAGUCAAAUAAUCAAAAAAAGAUCCGUCUCAUUGGAACGAGGCUUAGCAGCAGAAGAGAUCUGCGAUUUUUUCCUGGAAAUCUACGAUUUGAAAAGCUCAUACAAUACUCAAUUGCUCAAACGUCUCCACAGCGGCUUCAGCCAGACUAUUGAUAUGCAGCAAGAACUCGAAGAUGCUACAGCGCCUGCAAACAAUGCAGCUAUGGAUAUAUCCAAGACGAUGGGAAUUGACGUCCAUUGUACCAUGGCAUCAUCUCAUGUUAUCUCAUCCCAUGAUGGAGAACAGCUUUCGAAUGUAGCUUUUGUGCAGUGUGAGAUUGAGCAGACGACCCCUUGUGUAUGGGGCGUGGGUGUUGCCCUCAGUAGAGAGGAAGCCGUCAAUAGAUCUCUCCUCUUAGCGGCACGACGAAAGCCAGGAACGGAGACUCCUGAUACUAAAACAAGUGUCAAUGCUAUAAUACAGCCGCUUGAGGUAUACAGUUUUAGUCAGAAGGCAUAA